UUCACCAACCGAUUACAAAACUACGCACGUGUGUUUACCCACACUAGAUCUCAGUUACAAUCUAUCCCUCCGUGAAGCGAACGUUAUUCGCAGAGAGGUAGAUUCUAGACAUUCAAAUUAUUUUAAUCUGAGAAAGAAAAGCUAACAGAAUAAUUAUGGCUGAAGAAGUAAACAGCAAAGCUUACCCUUUGGCAGAUCAAAAACUCACAGAGCAAAUUCUUGAGCUUGUUCAGCAAGCUUCCAACUAUAAGCAGCUUAAAAAGGGGGCUAAUGAAGCUACAAAGACAUUGAACAGAGGGCUUUCUGAGUUUAUUGUGCUGACUGCAGAUGCUGAGCCAAUUGAAAUUCUUCUCCAUUUGCCUCUGCUGUGUGAAGACAAGAAUGUCCCAUACAUUUUUGUCAGGUCUAAACAAGCCUUGGGUCGUGCUUGUGGUGUUUCAAGGCCUGUAAUUGCCUGUUCUGUCAUCCAGAAAGAAGGUUCUCAGCUGAGGAAUCAAAUUCAAGCCAUUCAGCGCAGCAUUGAGCGUUUGCUCAUCUAAUGUUUGUUGUCACUCAUUUUUAUCAUUUACAUUGUAUUAUAUUUGAGACCCAUUUUUAUUUUCAUUCAAUAUUAAACUGCUAUUUAAGCCUU